UUGAAUAAGUGUUCUGAGGUAGUGUAGCACAUUAUUCGCAAUGGAUUGAUUGGGAUUAUGUUUUCGAAGAAAAUCUAUCCUCGAGUGGAUCUAAAGUGGAUAAAAUGCUCGAGGAUAUAAUUGGUUUGUGAUGGAAUCUGCUUAGCCAAGUAUAAGGGAUGUGAUUUCGAUGGCUCUAGCGAGUGUUUCAUGAAUGUAGAGCAAGGUUUCUUCCGCCGGACGAGGGGGCAAGUUCCUGAGUGCAGCAAUCGGGAGGUCAACUCGAAGCGAAUAAAUCACGAGUGAUAAGUGUCUUUGGAAAAUCAGUGAAAAAAGGGGGUGUGCGAGUUUGGUGAUGGAAUGCAUUACAUGCUAGAUUACACAUUUGGUAAUGUUUUCUCUGAAUAACAGAAAUGCUUUAGGAAACAAGAAAGGGCCUCCCCCGUCACUACACACCCCAUCGAUUGCAAUAUGGAAAACACAAGACGGAAUAUGAUUGGCAAAGGGUGGUAACGUCGUAAACUUCGUUAGAUAGGCAGAGACCACCCCCCGUGUGGUAGAGUGGAUGAUAAACUUUUCGGCACAUCGAAUCGAAACUAGGCCACCACCACCAUUGCUAAUUGUUACAGUGCAGGAGGAUUGAAUCGAGCCGGGUACCGUCGCAGGAGAACAAUGGAACAGGAAAUCGGAAGCUGGGACUCGGUGCUGUUGGAGAACCUGUCGGAGGAUAGUUUUAUUAACAAUCUGCACCAACGCUACAAACGAGAUCUGAUCUAUACAUACAUCGGGACCUUUUUGGUGGCACUGAAUCCUUUCAAACCGUUAACUAUCUACACACCAGAUCUGGUUCGAAAGUAUGCCAACAAAAGCCUGUUCCAACUGCCACCACACUUGUUUGCACUCGCAAACUCAGCACACCAGUUCCUGCUCAACUACAAUGAGGAUCAGUGCAUUGUCAUGUCUGGCGAAAGUGGUGCUGGCAAAACCGAAUCGUCCCGCAUGAUUGUCCACUUUUUAACACAGCUUUCGGAAAUGCGUCGCAGCCGCACGCCGACCUUUUCACUUCGUGGAUCGAAUCCCAACUCGCGACAAACCACUCCGAAGCACUGUGGCAUCGCGAGGGUGGGCUCGUCCUUCGAAAGUGGCACCGGUUCUAGUCGCCCAGAUAGUAUCAUGAAAUAUAACACAUCUAGGAAAUGUUCCCACGAGAAAACCGUUGAGUUCGACCUGAUAUCGCACCACAAAAGCUCGGAGAACUUAGCCCUGAUGAUGGGUGGCGGUGGAGUUGGCGUGAUGGGAAGCACCCCGAAGUGCCUGAAGCAUUCCAACCAAUCCAUCAGCAGGUCGACGGAAGCAAACGACUUCCCCACAAAGUCGACCCUCAAAUCGGCUUUCGCUGCCUCUUCCUCAUCCUCCUGUCCGAAGCACAACUGUGGCAGUGCCGGGAGUAGUCACUUGGAUCUGCACCGCAUGUGCGGAUACUCGCCGUCGUUGCAGAAGCGGUGCAACCUUAGUCGCUGUUGUCACCAGAGCAGUACUCGAUCCAUCCACAAGUCAUCCUCCUCGAUAGCACUGACGUACGAUCACAAUAGCAGCUUGAUGUCGCCAUCCAUACACCGCCGGCAGAUCCUGAAGUCCAUCACAAAAGAAGUGUACCUGAGGGAUCUGGAAUUGGCGAGGAUGCGUGAAAGGUUGGCUCAUGCUGAGCUAUUUCUGGAAGCUUUGGGUAACGCAUUCACGGUCAAGAACGCGAACUCUAGUCGGUUUGGGAAAUUUUUUGACAUCGAGUUUGACUACAAAGGUGAUCCGAUCGGAGGACACCUGACUUUGUACAUGUUGGAAAAGAACCGUGUAACGAGCCGAAGUUCAGGAGAACGAAAUUUUCACAUUUUCUACCAGUUAUUAAGUGGUGCUGAUAUUCAUUUACUCAAGUCUCUAAAACUUCAGCGCAAUAUCGAUCGGUACGAUUUGCUCAAAUACAGCUUUACCAACGAAGAAGACCGGACUAAUUUUGCCUUUACUAAGCGCUCACUAGAAGUGAUCGGUUUCAACCAGGAAGAAAUAUUCUCAAUCUUUACAAUCCUAGCCGUUGUGCUGAAACUGGGGAAUCUUGUGUUCAUUUCCACGACCAACAUCGACGGCAGCGAGGGCUGCGAAAUUUCCAACGAAUAUGAAUUGGAUGAUAUCGCGCAACUACUUCAGUUGGAUAGUCAUCUGCUGUUUCAUUGUUUAACACGAGUUGGCGAGAGCUGGGAACAGAUUGAAACGGAUGGAUCGGAGAUCGAUGCCGCCUAUGCGGCCAAAAUCAGGUUUGCUUUGUGUAGGACUUUGUACGGGAGGUUGUUCACGUUGGUAGCGGCAAGGAUCAACGAACUGCUCAAACUAAAACAGCAUGGGACGUUGAGUGCGAUACGUGGGCGUACUAUCGGUUUAUUGGAUUUCUACGGAUUUGAAGUGUUGGAGAAGAAUUCUUUCGAACAGUUUGCUAUCAAUUACUGCAACGAACGGUUACAGCAGCACUACGUGAAAAACGUGCUCAAAUACCAGCAAGAUCUUUACGUAGCGGAAGGUAUCGAGUGGGUCAAAAUUGACUUCUUCGAUAAUCAGGCUAUCUGUGAACUGAUCGACAAACCCUGUUUCGGAAUUCUGCAUUUGUUGGACGAACCACAGAUAACAAACGAUGGAAUGUUACUCACCCGGCUGCAUCAGUGUUGUGCAGGGCACACAAACUUCCUGGCUCGCGAUUCAACGUUACCUGCCAACUGUUUUCAAAUUCGUCAUUUUGAGGGACCAGUGCUAUACAACAGUCUUGGGUUUAUCGAGAAAAACUUGGACCUGCUACCGAAGCACAUAAGCGCCUGCCUGUACCAAAACUGUGAACUGCCGAUCGUGGCCAGCCUUUUCCCGGAGGGUAACCCAAAACGGCACAGCACAGGUCGAAAACCGACUAGUCUUAGUACAAAUCUACGUACCUCGCUACAAACGCUGCUGAAGCAGCUGGAACAACGCUACAAUCAUUACAUCUUCUGCAUUAAACCUAACGAACUGAAACAACCGAAGAUGCUUGAGCUAGGUUUGAUACAGCACCAAGUCCGAUACAUGUGUUUAAUACCGUUGAUCAACCUAUGGCGGAACGGUCACUACUUCAACAUGCUACACUCCCGUUUCGUGCAGCGCUAUAAGCUUCUCUGUCAGUACACGUGGCCGCAUUUCAGUGGAUCGACUAUCGACGGUGUAGCUCUCAUUAUCCGCAGCGUGCCACUGCCUGGAGCGGAGUUCACUAUUGGACGGAAAAAAGUGUUCAUCCGGAGUCCCCGGACCGUAUAUGAGCUGGACGAGUUUCGCAAAGUGCGGCUGAACGAAUUAGCUGUAUUGAUUCAGAAGACGUACCGAAGUUACACGAAACGAAAACAUUUUCUUGCUUUGCGAAGAAGUCAGACGAUCAUAGCGAUGCACUGGAAAAGUUGGAAGGAACGAGAGAAGGUGCGGAUAACUGAGUUCAAGAAGCAAGCACAUUGGGCGGUACAGGUCAUUGGACGGUUCCUGAUUCUUAUCAAGACCCGUGAAUUUCUUGUUACUCUGCUGCUACGACUGCCACACGACAACAUGAGUCCUAUCUGUCACGAUUGGCCAACGGCUCCGACUUUUCUGACGGAAACAUCGCAGCUGUUGCGCAACAUAUUCCAUCGAUGGCGAUGCUACAAAUACAGGAAAUCCUUCGACCAACCGGCGCGGAAUCGAAUGCGCGAGAAAGUCACUGCCAGCAUAAUAUUCAAGGAUCGGAAGAUCUCCUACCCCCGAACGGUGGCGCAUCCCUUCCACGGUGAUUACAUUCGGUUACGACAGAACAUCCAGUGGAAACGUGUCAGCUGCGAGCACAACGACCAGUAUGUUGUUUUUGCAGACAUUAUCAACAAGAUCGCUCGAUCUAGUGGGAAGUUCAUUCCGAUCCUGAUGGUGAUAUCAACCAACUCAAUGUUGUUGUUGGACCAGAAAACCAUGCAAAUUAAAUAUCGGAUACCAGCGUCGGAGAUCUACCGAAUGUCCCUUAGUCCGUACUUCGACGAUAUUGCCGUUAUUCACAUCAGGGCGGAUAAUUACAGCUCAAACAUGUCGGACCGAUCGGAGUCGCCCACGGGGUGUCUGUUUCAGUCGGAAAUUGGCAAGAAGAAGGGCGACUUCGUAUUCCAGACGGCCCAUUCCAUCGAGAUUGUGACAAAGCUGUUCCUGGUGAUCCAGAAUGCCACUGCCAAAUCACCCGAAAUCGUAAUCAGUACAGAAUUUGAGGCCAAUUUCGGCCAACAGACGGUGGUGUUCACGUUCAAGUGCGGCGGUCUGGUGGACAACCCGUACAACCAGACCCGGGUUCAGCGCAAGGGCAACCGCAUGGAGGUGAUUGUGUAACAGAGGGCCUUACCGGAGCGCGCUACCGGUGCUGGUAGGAAUAUGGAAUUGAUACCGUUGUUCGACUACGACGAUGAGGAUGGCAAUUUGGAAUUCGGGGUCCGUGGGUUGGAGUUUGAUUAGGUUCGUACAUGCGGGAUGGAUGUUCACCGUGGGUGGUUGGGUACGCAUAUUAGUUCGUUUGUUGUUGAAACAAUAUUCGGGACGAUUAGGAGUCAGCCGCAAGGCACGCAAAAUAGUGUUUCAAGGAUCAGUUCAGUACAACAGGAUAGUAUUGGGUGAUUGUAGACAACAUAUCAGGAAGUUUACAUAGGUACGGGACAUUGUAAAUGAUCCAUCACUCAUUAUAUAACACUGAUUGCACCUGCUUAGCUAAUAUAAAGAGUCUCUAUUAGUGGUUCAUUGGCUUAUUCGUUUUUCUACCCUCAAGCGAUCAUUGGAACAAAAAGGCCGUCUACUACUUACUUUUGGAACCAAUGGCUGACUAUGUUCUCUUAAAUAUGGAUCAAUAUUUACUUUUACAACCACUUGAAUUUAUCAAAACGUUCGUUCCGCUGAUGCCCGACCCAAAAACGCCACCCGUCUUUGUCAGUUUCGUUUUUUCGAUCAGUCAGUUUUUGCGGUUUUAGCUUUUCUACCAAAAUUCGCCAGUAAUCCAACGAUACAACUUUUAACAAAUUCAAACGUUUAAGGACAAUCCUCACGGAAUCCAAAUUUAAAAGUUCUCGCGUUUUCAAGGGCACACCACUGAAUACGGAAGCAAUGCACAACUGUCAUUUUUAUUAUUUCACGCAUGCUGCGACGCGCGAGUAUUUUUAAAUUUGGAUUACAUGAGGAUUGCCCAAUAGAUUUCUUGAAGUAAAUAUUUGAUUGCUAUUGUUUGCUUGACGUUAACCACGACGACCAUGGUUGCCGUUGGCAAAAACGCUCACAAUUCAAACUAACCACAGAUUGGUGUUUUAACAGUUGCUGAAGAUCAAAUUUCGAUAGAAGUCUAAUUUCUUUUAAUGAUCUGGUAGGAUUUUUCACUAUGU